GUCGAUCUUCUCACUUUAAUUGCCGUUUGCACUAGACCCAAAAAGAGAUAUACUGUAAAGAAUAGUAUACUACUACAUUAAUGAUAAUUGAAAAUAUAUAAAGAAAAGAAUAAACAACGAAAAGUCUCCACUCUCCAUUACCACACACCACCUAUACAUAUAUGCCAUCACACUUCCUAUUCUUCACCAAAAACAAGCUCAAUAUUCUCUUCUUUCAUUUCACUCGAUCAAGUUUGAGCUUAGCUUUUAAAAAAAGAGAGAAACAAAUCAUGAGGACAAUGGUUGAUUUAGGAAAGCAAAGAGAUCAUAACUAUCACCACAUGCAAAUCAUAACCACUCCUACCUCCGUGGAUUGUUCUCGCGAAUUCCGUCACCGACGAACACUUCGUUCACUCAUCGAAUGCAUGAUUCCAUACUGUUGCACUUACCAACAACAACCAUACCAAAACGACACCCUUUCAGUCUCUUCCACUUCAUCCUCGUCUUCAUCCUCAGACCACUCUUCCUCCUCCCAGAGUAGCAGUACCGUAAGUGGAACUUUCUUCGGACACCGUCGUGGCCGAGUCAGCUUCUGCCUUCAAGACGCCGCCGUGGGAUCUUCACCGCUGCUCCUCCUCGAGCUAGCUGUUCCUACGGCAGCUUUAGCCAAAGAAAUGGACGAGGAAGGUGUUCUACGCAUAGCCCUCGAGUGUGACCGUCGUAGAAGCAGCAAUAGUCGUUCGUCUUCGAUCUUUGAUGUUCCUGUUUGGUCUAUGUUUUGUAACGGAAGGAAAAUGGGAUUUGCCGUGAGGAGAAAGGUGACGGAGAACGACGCCGUUUUCUUGAGGAUGAUGCAGUCUGUGUCAGUCGGAGCCGGAGUGGUGCCGUCGGAAGAGGAGGAUCAGAUGUUGUAUUUGAGGGCUAGGUUUGAGCGAGUUACUGGUUCGAGUGACUCGGAAUCGUUUCACAUGAUGAAUCCGGGUGGUAGUUAUGGACAAGAGCUUAGUAUAUUUCUUUUGCGAUCGUGAAAUUAAGUACGGUAUACUAUGUCAUGUUCGUUUUUAUUUUUAUAAAUGUAAAUCUUAAAGUAAUAUAUAUGCAAUUUUUAUCAUUUCCACUAAAAAUAUAGAAUUGGUUCUUGAGAGAGAAUUGGGCAUAUUUUUAAUUUGGGUAAUUUAGCACAUAAAUGACGCGCCAAGAUUGUUUUAAGUCUCAUAAAUCAAUCAAAAUAUCAGCUAUUAUUCUUACUAAUAUCAGGACACAAUAGAUUAAAAUACUAUAGUAGUGGUGGUUUCAUUCUUUUGGUUGAUUUGUACACACUAGAUCAUGGACUAGACGGAUUAGAUCCAUGCACACACUAAAUCUAACCGUAUAUAUAAAAUUUCAGAAAUAUUCAUAUAGCUAGCAAAUAACUGAAUUACCUUAGAUAUUCGCGACUUUAAUUUGUAGUUGAUCAUCUUAGAAGUAAUCUUAGCCGCACAUAAGAUAACGAUAGCAAUAACACAUGGAAUAUAUAUUUGGUAGUUAGAUUGAAAGGGAGUGGAUGCGAGAUAGUGGACAGUUCUUGACUCUAGUAUUUCUUACCAUCUCGUUGGUUAAUAUAUAACAAAGCGUUAAAAGAUUUUUGUUCAAAAC